AUGCCUUGGAAGGAUAAGCUCCAGGGUCUCAAGGCCGACAUCGAGAGCAUCAUCAAUCCCAAGGAUCAGAGUCAACGUCAGCAACCACCUCCACUGCCGAUGGCAUCCAGGCCACCGCCACGCCCCAGCCCGAGCUUCCACACCUACUGGGCUCCGAGAUUCUACCCAGAUACGCCAGUCAAUGUGGAAUGGGACGCAAAGCUGGGCAAUGGGCCCGACGGUUGGGGAAACCAGGAGCUGGAGCAUUACACCGCUGCUCCCGAGAAUUCCUUCCACACCCCAGAUGGCCGGCUGAUCAUCCGCGCCCUAGCAAACAACUCCUCGCCCAACCCCGAGCACAAGUACACCUCGGCCCGUCUGGUGAGCAGACGUACUCUGGAGCGAGACCAAGGUGUACUCACUGCCGUCAUCGCGUCCCCCUGUGCAGACGGCAUCUGGCCCGCAUUCUGGCUUCUGCCCCAGGAGCCGUUCAGCUGGCCCGUCGACGGCGAAAUUGACAUUGCGGAGACGUGGAACGGCGACUGCGAGAAUAGGUCCUGCCUCCACUGGGGACACCACCACGAGCCUGAAAAGCAUCGCGUCCUGGGGACGAAGAUGCCCGAUAUGCACGCUCGACCUGUACGCUAUGACUUUGCCUGGCAGCAGCCCGGUGGCCAGCCAGGCCAGGGGAGGAUGGUAUGGUACAUAGAUGGCAGGCCCGUCAUGAAGGCGCCAAUACCAGAGGGGACGCGGCCUAUGAGGGAAAUGACAGUUUUGCUGAACGUUGCCAUGGGCGGAAAUGUGUGUGGCGGCAAGACACCCGCUGACGGCUACUAUGACAUGGUUGUCUAUACCAUGUACAUGGCCAGUGAGCUGGAACAUGGUGGCUGGGAACGCUUCGAGUCGGACUGGGGGAGUACGCCGUUUGGAAACACGUACUAG